AUGACCUGUUGGCUACAGAGACUAAUGUCUGCUGCUUAUAUUAAUAAAAUAUUAAAAUUUAAUUUUUUGCUUUACAUCUCCUAUUUACAGCAAUCGUAUGAUGAUUGUUUAUGCGCCUUAGAUUUAGGCUAUCCGGAAGAGUAUCAUCCAUUGAUAAAACUGCGUCAAGCCUCUUGUGCCUUAAAAAUGCGUAAUUUUUCUUUAUGCGAACAACAUUUGCAUGAACUCUUACACAUGGAACUCUCGGAAACCUUUGAAGCACGCACCCAUGAGCUGUGGCAUGAAUGUGAAGUACAAAAAGCCGAAAAGAUUGAGAUGGGUGUACAAACAGACAACGAUUUAAUAACUAAUGGUACUAAAAUCUAUGAAGUGGCUUGGUUGGACAAUACUAAUGUUAUAACAACAACAAAAAGCGCCUAUCUUAGAUCCAUUGCUGAUAUACCCAAUAAUACACCCAUAUUUCAAGAGGAAGCCGCCGUUUUUGUGCCCAGUGGCGCAGCACGCAUUUGUGAUCACUGUGGCGUCACACAAUUCGUACCGUUUCCAUGCAUUUUUUGCUCUAAUCGUACAGCCGUCUACUGUUCACGCAAGUGCCGUGCGGCACACGCUUCCAUACAUGCUCUCGAGUGUUAUGCCCAUCAGAUCGAACUUUUCGAAGAGUUCGGUGUUGAGUUCUCAAAGCCACAUGAUUUAAUAGAAUUUCAAUUGGAACGUCUUAAUUUUGAUGAUCUCAACUAUAAAGAUGAAUUACAAUUACAACGUCAACUCUUGGAUUUGGAUGCUUUACAAUGUUCGCAACGUCGUCUCAAACAUAACCUGACAAAAACUUUAGCCAAUCAACAGCAUCAGGCUUUACAGGUUCCCGAGGCUUCAUCAUGCACAGAUUUACCCUCCUCAUUGGCGGCCGGUGAGACUGUAGGUCCUUCACCACAUCAUCACAAUAAUAGUAGUAAUAGUAAUAAUAAUAACAACAAUAACAUCAACAACAAUAGCAGUAGUACGGGUGCCAUUGCCCGCAGCAGUAGCGGUCGUCGUGCUAAAAGCCGUGAUGUGGCGCCUGUGGGUGGUAGUGUUCAAAAUAUUGCCAAUGGUAGUAUAGAAAUAGCUAUGGAAGAUUUAGGACCCGGUGCGGUGGGUGGCGAGAAUGGUCGUGGUGUGCUGCGCGGCAAUGUUAGUUUGCCUAGUUUUAGUGAUAGUGAGGAGGAGGCCUUCAACAUAGAUCACCAAAAGGAAUUUAGUAUUGCAACCAAUACCACCUUGACACAAAAAUUUCAGCAUAAAUUUCAUCGUUACCGCUGUGAUAAUCCGAAUUGCAAACAAAUCUUUACACCAUCAAAUCUUAAACGCACCCGUAAUCUACAAUGGUGGAAAUCCGAUUAUUAUCGAAGACCCGAAAAUAAUGGUUCCGAAUUGCUAGUUUGUACCGAAUGUGAACAGACCCAAAAACUCGAAUGGUUUUGGACAUUCACCGCUGCUUUAAUGGACUGUGAUACAAUUGAGGAGCGUUGCAAACUAUAUGCGGCGAUUGAACGAGCCGAUAAACAACUCGUCGAUACACACGAAUUGAAAGUGGCACUAGCACGUCAAUUAGUCGAACAAUGUUUGUUAAUACACAGAGAGGGUUCAAAACAACUCGAUGAAUGGGAGCUUAAUAAAUUGGGCUCUAUUAUGCGUAGUGCUUUGCAUAUAGUAUCGGCCCAAUAUCGCACCUUUAGCAUUGAAUAUGUUCAAUAUAUGUCGUAUUUUUGGGAUGUUAUGGCUUUAAGCAAUUAUAAGUGCGGUGAUAAGGAACUUAUGCAAAUGUUACAUGCCCUCGAAUAUAUACCCGAUGAGUACAAGGAGAUCUUUAUUAACUAUUAUGAAGACUAUAUAGCACCAAAAUUUAUGGAAGAAACUUAUGGCAAUAUAUUGGAUACAGAGGUGUAAAAGGUAAUUGACACUCACAUACACACACAAUCCCAAAUACAAAAAUUCGAAAUGGAAACUACAAACAACCACAACAACAACUAAAUAAUAUGAAGAACUCCCUCCCUAGUUAAAGAUAACUUUACUAAAACAAAUUUAAGUAAAAACUGUAUUUAAACUUGAUAAGAAAUAUUUAAAUAUUUAACUAAAUUAAUGGAGCUAAAAGUGAAAUAUUAGGGAUAUAAUGAGUUUAAAAUGAA